ACGGAAUGUUCUGGUUCUCGUGCGGAAGUCUCGCGUACAUUAGGCAGCCACAGAGAGGCGCAACCUAAGGAGCAACAGCGACUGGAGAGACGAGAAGGGAGUCAGCGGCCCUGUGGCUGAGCUUAUCUGGAUUUUGGGCAAAAGAAGCGUCGAUUACUAAAAUGACCAGAGGAAACCAACGUGAGCUUGCACGCCAGAAAAAUGCCAAAAAGCAGACUGAAACCAAUAAAGGGAAGAGGGGUGAUGAUGGGCUGUCUGCUGCUGCAAGGAAGCAGAGGGAUGCUGAGAUAAUGCAACAGAAGCAGAAAAAGGCGGAUGAAGCAGGGAAAGGAAGCACGAAGUCCAAGUAAAGAAUGAAGGAGGAGAUUCAUUCAGCUCAGUGUUUCAAGAACAUCCCAUGUUCAGCAUUCUUCCUGAUAUUUAUGAGAAUGAAUCUGUCAUUUUUGUCUAGACUCAAGAAUCUAGGAUCCUACAUUCUUCCCUAUGGCAAAUGACAUUGCUUGUUGGAUUUGUUAAUUUUCUCGAUGAAAUUAUGUCUGAGCAAGUUAGCUGUUGUCCCACGUUGGUGCUGCAUGCAGAAGAGCAUCAGUGGUUUAUGCAGCAGGAGAAAGAUGAACAAUUCUUGACACAAAGCAUCUACGUAACAGUUGUGUAUUUUUGUACAAAAAUGUCCCCUGCUGGUUUCAAAUAAAGUGUAUCUUUUUAGUUCA